AUGUGUGCCCUACACCUGUCAGGGAUUGCCUGGCAGACCACCGGUGCCCAUGGCCAGGCCGCCAAGCAGUACCGCCUGAGAAAACGAAGCCUGGGGAUACAGAGGGCCUGCGCGAGGAGGCCUGGGGACAGAGGUCAGCUGCAACCCCACGUGCUGUGUCCAGGAGACCAGGUCUCUCAUCAGCAGGCCCCAGGGCUGGAGGAGCCUACACAUCCGUUCCUGAGUGCAGUGGGCAGACAAGGCCAGGAGAAAGGUUUCUGGUCACUGCCUCUGCUGGCUGUCCAGGCCUUUGGACUUGGGAUGGAGGCUGACUUCCCUUCUCCUCCUGCCUUUCCCCAGCCCGCUGUGGGUUCUGAGCUGCCAAGCAAACUUGUUGCCACCAUCACCGUCGUCAUCACCAUCACCGUCGUCGUCAUCAUCAACAUUAUCAGCAGCAGCAGCAGCAGCAUCACCAUCGUCAUCAGCAUCAUUGACAUCGCGGGUAUCACUCACUCAUCUAGUGAGAAAUGA